UCCGCCCACUCCAACCUUGGGGAAUUGCGGGGAGGGGAAUUGGAGGGAAGUGUGUAUAAGUAAUAAUCAGUUAAUUAAAACUCUAUCCAGAAGAUACCGCCCCCUCUCCUCUUCUUUUUUUAAAGGUCCCAUCCUUUCCAGCUCAGCCACUGCUUCUCUUUUUCUCUCUUCCACCAUGAGACUGUUCUCAGCUGACAAUCUCCACCAGCACAGGAAACAGUUCUCCGAAAAGGCACAGUUCUCUGAAAGUGACAGGAAAUGAACAUGGGACUUUUUUUGACUUUUCCCCCCACUUCUUUGUCAUCAGCCGCCCACACAGUCCCCAAACUUCAGAGGGGCUCACCCCUAACGGCAGUUGCCCAGGCCCAUACCUUGCCUCUCUUGUCUUUCUCUCCCUGGUCCCCGGUCAUCUUUGGAUGAUUUCAAAAGAGAAGAGCAGCCCUCUGCUUGGACUCCUCUUACAAGGCUUGAGUGAUGCCUCCCAUAGGUGAAGACACCCCCUUGAUUGUCAGUAGAACCAGCAGUCUUUCCUCCAACAAUGCAGGUGUCCUCCGGGUACAUCUUUACCACCAGCCAAACGUCCACUUGGCCCCAGAUUCAGUUAGCAGCCUGACCUUCAUGUAUGGAGAGUACACAGCAGAGGAACUAUGUGUUGCUGCUGCCAAAGCAUGUGGGAUCCUUCCUGUCUGCCACUCCCUCUUUGCACUGGCCACAGAGGAUCUCAAGUGCUGGUUCCCACCCAACCAUGUAUUUACGGUGGAGGAGUCCUGCAGCCAAGUGGUUGUCUACAGAAUUAGGUUCUGCUUCCCUGAUUGGUUUGGACCCAGAAAAUCCUAUCGUGUUGGGCUAAUGAAUGAACAAGCAAACCCUGUGCUGGAUUUCCCAGCCAUUGAUUACCUUUUCGCUCAGGUCCGCAGUGACUUUAUCCAUGGAAAGAUGGAUGUGCCCCUGACACUGGAGGCCCAGGAGACAUGCCUUGGCCUGGCUGUGCUUGACAUGCUACGGAUCUCCAAGGAGAGGAAAGAGACCCUGGGAGAUGUCUUUAGAAGUAUCAGCUACAAGUCAUGUCUUCCGGAAAAGCUGCGUGGCCUGCUCCAAGCCAAAAGCUUUGUCACCCGGAAGCGCAUCCGGCACCAGUUUUGCCAGUCCCUGCGUAGAGUCAGCAGCCUCCAAACGGAGGAGCACUCCCUCAAGAUGAAGUACCUCAUGGAGUUGGAGGGCAUGGAGGGGGCCACAGCCAAGGAGACCUUCCCCACAAGGGUCCCUGGCCAGACAGCAAAGGAAGCCACUCGGCUGAUCCACGUCUCUGGGGAGAAAGGGAUCUCCUUGAGCCACAGUGGUGAUGAGACCUGCCACCCCUUCUGUGAUUUUCCCGACAUCGUUGACAUCACCAUCAAGCAAGCAAGCCGAGAGGCUCUGCCCGUGGAGAACCGCAUCGUCAACGUGACCAAAAUGGACAGCCAGAUGCUGGAAAUGGAGUUCCCCACCCUGAGAGAGGCCUUGUCCUUUGUCUCCCUCAUCGAUGGCUAUUACCGGUUGACAGUCGACGCUCACCACUAUUUCUGCAAAGAGGUUGCUCCCCCGAGACUCCUGGAAGACCUGGAGAACCAGUGCCACGGCCCCAUCACGUCAGAAUUUGCAAUAAAUAAACUGAAAACAAUGGGAUAUAAAGAAGGCUCAUACAUCCUUCGUCGCAGCCUGGAAAAUUUCGACAGCUACCUGCUCACCACCUGCACUGAGACCGUCAUUGGGAAGGAUUUCAAAAGCCUGCUGAUACAGAAGAACAGGGAUGGCACCUUCUCAACGGCUGGAGUCACCAAGAAGUUCUGUAGCCUACGGGAACUUCUGGGCACCUGUCAGCAGUUCAGCCUUCAGGCCGAUGGGACGCUCAUCCAGUUACACACCCAUUGCCCCCCACAGCCCAAAGAAAAGUCUAACCUGCUGAUCGUGCGAGGGGGCAGCUGCCGCCAGCUUCCCAUAUCUCCGUCUGCCCCACGACGCACCGUCAACCAGAUGAUGUUCCACAAAAUCCAGGCAGAGAACCUGACACAGGAUGAGAACUUGGGACAAGGAACCUUCACUCGAAUCUACCGGGGUCUCAAACAUGACACCGAGGAGGAGGAGGACGCGGAGGAGGGAGGCGAGGCUGGGAUUCGCGCGGUGGAGGUGGUGAUGAAAGUCUUGGACCUCAGCCACAUUCACUGGGUCGAGCCCUUCCUGGAAGCAGCCAGCAUGAUCAGCCAGCUCUCCCACAAGCACCUCAUCCUACUCUACGGAGUCUCCAUUGGGGCUGAAAACAUCAUGGUGCAAGAGUACAUCCGGCAUGGGGCCCUGGACACUUACCUGCGGAGAAAUCAAGCCACCGGCAAAGUCACGGCAACCUGGAAGCUACAGGUGGCUAAACAGUUGGCCUAUGCCCUCAACUUCUUGGAGGACAAGAAGGUCCCCCAUGGAAAUGUCUCUGCCAAAAAAGUGCUUCUGGCUCGGGAGGGGGAUGCGACAAGUGGAAGACCCCCUUUUAUCAAACUCAGUGACCCCGGAGUCAGCGUCACAGUCCUUAACAAAGACCUGUUAAUACACCGUAUCCCAUGGGUGGCCCCGGAAUGCCUUGAGGACCCCAAGAACCUCACAUUGGAGUCGGACAAAUGGAGCUUUGGCGCCACCUUGUGGGAAAUCUUUAAUGGCGGAAACAUGCCCUUGAGUGCAAUGGAGCCUGGAGUGAAACUCAAGUUCUGCCAGGACCAACAGCAGCUCCCGCCUCUCAAAUGGACAGAGCUGGCCAACGUGGUGGCCCAGUGCAUGGAUUACAGCCCUCCAAGGCGCCCAGCCUUCCGCGCCCUCAUUCGGGACCUCAAUUGCCUCAUCACAUCAGAUUAUGAACUUCUCUCAGACCUCCCGAUGACGGACAGCUUUGGAGGACCCACGGACAUGUCCACGUACCAGGGUCCCACCAUUUUUGAGGACCGGCACCUCAAAUACAUUUCCGUGCUGGGCAAGGGGAACUUUGGCAGCGUGGAACUGUGCCGCUAUGACCCACUGGGUGACAGCACCGGUGAGUUGGUUGCCGUGAAGCGUCUGCAGCAGAGUUCAGCCAAGCAGCAGCAAGACUUUGAGCGGGAGAUCGCCAUCCUGCGUUCACUGCACCACGACUUCAUCGUCGCCUACCGGGGCGUGUGCUACAGUCGGGGUCGGAACUGUCUCCGCUUGGUCAUGGAAUAUCUGCCCAACAGCUGCCUGCGGAACUACCUGCAGAAGAACCAGGCACGGUUGGACAUCAAGAAGCUGCUGCUUUAUGCCUGGCAAGUCUGCAAGGGCAUGGAGUACCUGGGCUCUCAGCGCUAUAUCCACCGCGAUCUGGCCGCCAGGAACAUCUUAGUGGAAAACGAAAAUCGCGUCAAGAUUGGGGACUUCGGCCUGGCCAAAAUCCUUCCUCAGGGCAAGGAAUACUACGUCAUGCGGGAGCCUGGGCAGAGCCCCAUCUUCUGGUACGCUCCAGAAUCUCUGACAGAUAACAUCUUUUCCCAAGAGUCUGAUGUCUGGAGUUUUGGAGUCGUCCUCUAUGAGCUGUUCACCUAUGGCAGCAAGAGCCACAGCCCUUCAGAGGAAUUUCUCCACAUGAUGGGACACCGCACGCCACCCCAGCUCAUUUUCCACCUCUUAGACCUGCUGAAAGAGAACAAGCGGCUCCCGUCUCCUGCCGGCUGCCCCAUGGAGGUGUAUACUCUGAUGCAGUCCUGCUGGGCCUUCGCACCGCACCAACGGCCCCAGUUCUGCAAGCUGGGACCACAAAUUGAGGCUCUUAGGAACAGCCACUGCAAGCCAAGGGGCUAGGAGAAGCCAGAACUGGAUGUAUACUCCCCAAGUCAGGGAGGUGGAGGACUAAGCCCUGUAGAGAAAAUGAUUCUCUUCUUCUUGAGUGGCUAGAUCUGCAAGCCCACCCUCGCUCCACGAGCACAGCACACCCACCCACCUCCCCAAACUCCCCUAGCUUUAUUCCCCCUCCCAGCUCUUAAACACACAAGAAGAAACUUGAUGGACCAGAGAAAAUAUCUAUCUAGUCCAGCAGCCUGUUUCCAGCAAGGGACAGCCAGAUUCCCCAGUGGGAAGUUGACACACAGGGCACAAAGGCAAUAGCCCUCUCUAUGCUCCCUAGCAACUGACAUCCAGAGGUAGAUUGCCUCCAAACAUGGAGGCACCACUUAGCAUUCAUAGCAAAUGCCCUCUGGGCCUGAGGAACUGUGGCUCUAGUCAGUGGCAAUCUUGAGCUUAGACGGAUCAAUGGUCUGACUCAGAAGAAGGCAGCUUUACAUUUGCAUUUGCUAAAGAUGUUUUUUUUUAGCAGGCAAACUGGAUCUCCAUGUUUACUAACAAGCCCCACAGUAUUUAGGAGCAGGUGAUAAAUAUAUUCUUUUCUUUAAGAUUACACAUUGUGCCUGUUCUGAAACAACUACCACAUUAUGGCUGUUCUAAAACAGUAGCACUGGCUGCCGAUACGUUUCCGGGCAAAGUACAAAGUGCUGAUUAUUACCUUCAAAGCCCCGAAUAGCUUAGGUUACCCGAGAGAUUGCCUUUCUCUCCAGGAUCUUCACUGCUCAUUGAGAUCAUCAGGAGGGGUCCGUCUUCGGGUGCCACAAGUUCAUCUGGUGGCGACCUGGGAUCGGGCCUUCUCUGCUGUUGCCCCUAGUUUGUGGAACACACUCCCUGUGGCCGUGAGAAGAUGGUCUUCCUUGGAGGCCUUCAGGAGAGCCUUAAAGACCCACCUUUUUAGCCUGCCUUUUAAUGGUGUCUAGUUUUAAUAGUAAUUUUAAUCUGCUUUUAAUUGGUUUUUUAUUGUAAUUUUAAUCUUCUUACAAUUGGUUUUUGAUUUUAAUUGUUAUGUAUUUUUUAAUUUUAAUGUAAAGUGCCCUGAGCCACUUUAGGGAGGAUGGUAUAUAAAUUGAAUGAAUGAAUAAACAAACAAACAAACUGUUUUCCCAAGACUGCUUUAUAAAUGCAGAUUUGAGGGCACUUAAUCAAUCAAUCAAAAUAAAAUAUAAAAGGUU